AUGUAUAUAUUUGACCGUCAUUGCGCGUGUAUAUUUUACAUAGACUGGCACCGUCAUCGAAAAAGUGGAAGUGUAGGCGUCACCACCUCAACUACAAGCGCAACUGCCAGUAUGAAUGGUCACCCAGAAGAAUUUGUGUCGCCGUCCGCAUCUACCGUUACUCCAUCAACAACAGGUCAUAAUAUUACCAGUCAUCACUCUACAACUUCACAGCUGACGAAUACAAGUUUAUUCUCGGAUAGUAGGCUAAUAAAUUUGGAUGAGGAAGCAAAAUUGGUGUAUGGGGUGGUGUUCUCACUGAGAAAUUUUGUGAGAAAGUUAAGUGGCAGUCAAGAUGGAUUCUUAUCAUAUCGCACAUCCCAUUAUAAAUUGCAUUACUACGAAACGCCAACUGGACUCAAAUUUGUGAUUAAUACUGAUCCGGCGGUAGAUAAAUUACGUCCAGUUCUACGGCAGAUUUACACAAAUUUUUAUGUAGAAUAUGUUGUCAAGAAUCCUUUGUCACCGGCUGAACAUCCCAGUGGGGAAGGAGUGAAUAAUGAGUAUUUUCGAGCAGCGGUAGAUAAAUUUGUAAAGAGUUUACCGGUUUUCGAAUCUUGA